AGAGGUAGUGGUUGCCCUUUCUAGCAAAUCCGACGACCUCAUCGAGCCCCGUCUCUCUCCCUCAGUUACCUAGAGUUAUUUCCCUUGCUUAACAUGGCUGUUUUCUCUGGAUGUUGGCCUCCGACGUUCUUUUCCCCUGUUGCUCUUUUGCCGUGCAGCCACCGUAAAUGUGUGAAGUUGUGUGACAACCAUGUUAAUGUGUAUCAAUGAAGAAACCACAGCUUUUCAAACUCUUGGUGGGACUCAGUUUAGUGUUUCUGCUCUUUCAGUUUUUUCUCAUCCGUAUCUUCUGGAAACGUGAUGAUACCCGGAAUUCGGUAAAUUCUGAAAACCUGAUCUAUACAUCUGAAGAUAAACAUCAUGUACAGAAAACACAGUUUCCAAGAGAGGAUGUUGCAAAAGUGUUUCUUAGUGUUUGUGCUGAGCUGAAAGUUCCAGUUUUCUUACUCGAUGCCGAUAUUUUGAGCAGCCUCAGUCCCGACAAAGCAUCUCCAGUCUCCAUCAACUAUAACUGUCAGUUGAACUGUCGGCCACAUGUUACUUUUGGAGUGAACUUUAAGUACUGGGACAGUCAGGGUAUUACUCAAAUGUUAAUAAGUGAUUUCUUCAUCCAUAGUAUUAAACAAGCUGAUCCACGUUUUCGUCAUGACACCAUCCCAACUCAUUUCUUUUUGUAUCCACGGAACGCCCAACGCCACACUGUUAUUCAAGUUGUUAUGUUUCACAUUCGGCUUGGUAGUUACUUCUGGCAUGGAGCAAUUAGUCCGCUUUCUCGACUCAACAGUGUUCUGCCAUCGAAAGCUCAUGGGGACAUCGUUUAUGGCGUUCAUGCUGGAGCAUAUGAAAAGUUUGAAUUGGAUGAAGCCCAGGUUGACAAUAUGACUGUCUACGUUCCUCAGCCUCCUGAACAAUUCUUAAAACAAAUUCCUCAUUCAAAAUUUAUUGAAUGCAAUAGCACACGUGCCAGGAAAUUUGUGGCUAUGUAUGGAUUAGACAACUCAGAAGCCAGCCAAAAGUUCCAGAGGAAAGCUCGUCAGGUGUUAGCUAAAACCAAACAUCUUUUGGACAGUUUGGAAAUCAGAUUUUGGCUCAGUAGUGGAACAUGUUUGGGUUGGUUCCGACAAUGUGGUAUAAUUCCUCAUAGUAAAGAUGUAGACAUUGGCAUUUGGAUAAAGGAUUACAAUCCACAGUUGAUUCCAACAUUCCAAGAAAAUGGUUUUGUUCUCAAACUCAUGUUUGGUAAAGUAUCUGAUAGCUUUGAGUUGUCAUUUGCUACAGGGGACAUCAAAUUAGACAUAUUUUUCUUUUAUGACACCCCAAAAUAUAUGUGGAAUGGUGGUACACAGGCCAAGACAGGAAAGAAACUUAAGUACAUAUUUUCUAGAUUUACUCUCUGCUGGAGUGAGUUUUUAGACCUGUGGAUUCGAGUUCCCUGUGACACACUAUCUUAUAUUACAGCGAAUUAUGGUAAAGACUGGUUCAAACCAGUUAAAGAAUGGGAUUGGAAAAAAAGCCCUUCGAAUGUUCAUGACAACGGAGUCUGGCCUGUUGAAGAAUGGGACACUGUAAUUCAAAGAUUUUGAAGAAUCUUUAUUGAAUAUUUAUUAUUCAAAUAGAUUUUAAUUCAUUUAUUCAAGAUGAACUGUUUUGUUUUUUUUUUCUUUUUAUUGAAAAAGUAUUUAAA